GGUUGAGUCACGUGCAGGCGGUCCGGCUCAGCAGCGAAGAGGAGGUGAGAGGCACGUGGUAGAGUUGAGUUGAGAUUGAGAAUCAACAGUCAGAGACGGUGGCGUGACGCUUGAAUCGGAUCGUCCUCUGCUGUAGCCACCGCAGCCCAACUUCCUAACUGCCGCCACUUUUUGGUUUCCACUCCUCUCUUCCAUUUCCACUAAACCAUGGACCUCGAUCCUCGUCAAUACGAUAACGUUGCUAUAAAUGAUAAUGACAUCCACAAUGUUGUUCUGUCAUAUCUUAUACAUAAUUGCUAUAAAGAAUCAGUGGAGUCAUUCAUUGCUUGCACCGGGAUGAAGCAGCCAGCAGAUUAUUUGGAGGACAUGGAGAAAAGGAAAAGAAUCUUUCACUUUGCACUAGAGGGAAAUGCACUUAAGGCUAUUGAGCUUACAGAACAGCUGGCGCAGGAUAUUCUAGAGAACAAUAAGGAUUUGCAGUUUGAUCUUUUAAGCCUUCAUUUUGUUGAGCUUGUCUGCUCCAGGAAAUGCACAGAAGCUUUGGAGUUUGCUCAGACCAAGUUGAGCCCUUUCGGAAAGGAGCACAAAUAUAUGGAAAAGCUCGAAGACUUUAUGGCCCUUCUCGCUUAUAAGGAGCCAGAGAAAUCCCCGAUGUUUCAUCUCCUCAGCUUAGAGUAUCGACAACAGGUUGCAGAUAGUUUGAAUCGAGCUAUUCUUGCACACUUGAACCUUCCCAGUUACACAGCAAUGGAGAGGCUAAUACAGCAGGCUACUGCGGUAAGACAAUGCUUGAGUCAAGAAGCUGGCAAGGAUGGGCCCCCACCAUUUUCCUUGAAGGAUUUUCUCAAAAGUUGACGGAGAAUGAAGGAUUUUCCUUGAAGGAUUUUCUUAAAAAAUCCACGGACAGCUGUGGAAUGAAGCAAGUUUACCUUAAGCCAUUGUUGGCAGACGUUGGAUUGGUGUAUGAUUUGAUCUUAGGUGUGAAGUUUGUCGAAUGCCUGUUCAUCUAUAAAUUCUUUGUUGUCAAGCUAUCUUGAUCUUUUUGGUCUUGCUGCACUUUUGUGAGGCAGGAGUGAUUCAUGAGUGAACAUGGCGAAAAUUGUAAUUAUUACCAGAUUGAGAUAAUCCUUCCUGUCUGUCGCAGUUGACCACUGUGGCCUGGUGUCGUGUCAUCUGUCAUAAUUUUCUCUAAUUUAGAUUAUUUUUAAUCCAUUGCAAGGUUGGGCAGACACAUAUAAGCAUCAUAAUUUCCCUUAGUUUAGACUUUUUUCAAUCCAUCGAGAGGUUGUGCAGCCAAAGCCAAGGAUAUAUAUUUGAUGUAAAAUGCAUCUGCAUCCACAUGUACGUGGAUAUGAAAGGAAAGUUGAAGACAAUUUUAGUGUUUGUGUGACUUCCUUCUCUUGUGUGUUGGAAUUAUCAACGUUUUGGAAUAUUUCUACACGUUGGGUGUGUACAAAAGCAAUGUCUGAUUUAAAUUUUUGUAGGUAU